UUUGUAUUCGAACAACCGUGUCGGCUGCAGCACAUGUUUUAAUUCAAAUUGUAAAUUUAAUCUUCUCAUAAAAUGGGUGGACAUCACAAAAAGAAUAUACGUGCCGAAAAGGCCAAAGUGAAAUUGAAAGGUGCCAAGCUACCCAAGGGUCUUAAUGUGACCAAGACAGACUUUAAGGUGCGCAAAAUUGAAAUACGCGAACAGCUGAAGGAGUCCUACCUACCAACAAAUAACGGCCAACGCCAAUUGAAUUUGAAAGAGGCUCUAUCCCGACUAAAGCAUCACAACCUCAAGUUUCGCACGGAUGCACUGCGCAACGUACGCGACGCCGUCAAAGCCGGUCAAGCCAGUCAUCUUAUCGGCCAUCUUAAUGAGCUGCUGCAGGGAAUUGCCGCCGGCGCAUUGGACAUGGAGCGCGAUGUGCGAAGCGAAUCCUAUAAAACACUAGAUGUGCUACUCGAGGCUUUGCCCGUUGACGCCGUUGCGCCAUUCUUUCACAUCAUUGCUGCCUAUUUGCGCUGUGCCAUGACGCAUGUGCAGCCAACUAUACAGGAGGACUCGCUGCUCUUGUUGGACGUGCUGCUGCAGCGCGUGCCAUCCCGCCUGCUGGCCGAACGCAGUGCCAGCACCAUUAUCAGCAACUUUAUUGACAUGAUAUCACGGCAGCGCCACGAUACCCAGCACACUAAUCGCCUGCUCACUGUGCGCAUAGGCCAGGGUCAGGGACAGCUGACGACGAUCAAGUGGCGGACCAAGGUGCUGCUGCGCCUGCAGCAAAUUCUCAGCACGCUACUGCAGCAAAGCAAGAGCGACAACAAUGCCCGGCCACCAACACGUUUCGUCCAAUAUGAUGCCGCGACGCCACAGUAUUACAAUGUGGUGCGUCCGCCGUUAAUCGACAGGCGGGAUUUGCACACGAUUCUAGGAGAAAAAGCACGCAAAGCCGAGGACGAGCAGCUUAUGAGCUAUGUGGAGCAGCUUAUGCCACUAUUGCACGACAACUGGAUGGAGGUGCGACCACAACAGCAGCAGCAGACCCAGCUGCUCAAUGCUGAUGCCGCAGCCAGUUUGCACGUGCUGCUGAACAUCAUGACACAGCUGUGGCAACUUGUGCGCCAGUACGAGAGCACGCAGCAGGAAAGCACGCACGAACUGAGCGACUGGAUGCGGCAGACAUAUGCAGGCAACUUUGUGCGCAUAUUCCUUAAGGAAAGCAAUUAUCCCUACCAGCAAACGCCCAUGACGGUCAGCCAGAACCACAAGAAAGGCAAAAAGAUGAAGUCACCAGCUGCUGGCGGGGAACUGUGCAUUGCACAGAACCUGAGCCUGGUGCAGCUCCUUUGCUAUUUCUGGCCGCGUCCUGAUAGCGAACAGGCGGACGACUACGGUCCCCUGCUGCACUAUGUAAGCCAAUGCUUGCGUCAGGUGCGCACAUUGACAACAGAUGAGCAGCUGUGUCUGGUGGCCGCAUUGCGCGCCCUCUUGCUGGAUAAUGGUGCGGCACUACUGCAGCUUCAGGCCCAUCAUAUGGGCACUGUGAUGCAGAACUGCAUUGACGCGUACGUGGGGCAGCAGUAUACGACACGCGAGGGCGUUGCUACAAAGGUGCUCAAUCUGCUGUGCCUGAUUGUGCAGCGCAAUGAACUUUACAAGGGCUACGGCGGCAAGUAUCAGUUUACGAAGUUUCUAGGCUAUCUGCCCCAGCUGUUGCUCAAGCCCAGUGUGGCCGAUGUUACUUUGACAGCCAUGUCAACUCUCUGCCGCCAACAGAACGUCGUCUUUAUGACGGCGCUCAUGGAUAGUGCGUCCGAGGUGCUCGCGAACAUUGAGCAGCUCCUGGUGACAGGCGACUUCAGCACGGAGGAGAGCCGUUUCGAGAACCAAAAGCGCAUAUUGAACUUAUUUUACUAUGCCCGCCAUUUUGGCGAUCUUGCCAAAUUGCAGGCAAUUCUCAAGGAAAUGGAAAAGAACGCAUCCGAGCGCGUGACCAACUACCUCAAAUGCAUUCUCAGCUACGACUGAAGCAUGUCAGAUGCUGCUAAAAGCCAACUCUAAGUAAACUUUUAAAUUGUAAGAGGCUAGAGCCAACCAGCUGUUUACCCUAGUCGCAGACCAUGCUGUAAACUGUUCUAAAUGACUUGAUAUCGAAAGAUCUAGUUCGACUGCAUUUUCUAUACAGUGUAUACAGUCAGGCUGUUUUCCUAAAUAUACUUCACAAACGCUUUUUACAUACUUUAUAGUUUUGGGCCAAUCUAGCGUUAUUUUUUUUUUUUAAGUUAUCUGCCGGUUGACAAAGAUCAAAUGCCCUAUUGUAAAAUUAUGGCUUAAUUUUGGGGGGUUUCCAGCUAUUGUUUGAUAUAAAACUCGAAAGUCCAUAGAAUGUUGACAAAGCAUUAAAAAUAUAAAUAUUCAAUAUAAAAAUCCAUAUUAAUGAAAUACAUUAGACUAUCAUUCAUUUGAUUAAAAAUUAAAUUGUUGUCCAAUUGUUACUAUGAUAGCUGUAUAAUAUAGCGCCCCAAUCGUACCAAAUAUUCAUACAUAGCUCGAGUAACAAAGGCCUUUUAAAGUUACGUUUGCAAAGAUAGCUCCGCUCGAGAUUCAGUAUAUUCUCUAGAGCAAUCUUGGUCACAUUAGGAAUAGUGUUAAAAAUAAUCUGCUCUUAAUUAUUUCACUCGACAAUACGAUCUAUAAAUUUAGAAAAAGUACGUCUCAAUGUCUACUUUCCAUGUUUCUUUUGUAAACAUCUGCUCAAAUCGAUUCUUAAAUAAGUUUUUGUUGAGAACAACUUUCAACUAACUAUUUUCCUUUAUGUAGUUAAAAGUGUCCUAGUAUGUGAAUAUUGUUAUUUAGAAAUUAUAACUUUACAAUUUAUUAUAUAAAAGCAACUACUAUCGGAUA